AUGCUAUAUAUUUAUCUGUGGUUGUUUGCUUUGCACGCUUCUUGGCUCGUAAAUGUUAAUUUCAUUUUUAAUAUAACUUUUCAAUAAAUUAAAGUGAAUACUGAUUGUAUUUAUCACAAUCUUUUUAUAUUAUUUCGGAAAGGAGUAGCGAGCUGCAAACACAAUGUCUAGUACAUCACAAAAACACAGAAACUUCGUGGCUGAGCCCAUGGGUGAAAAGCCAGUAACCGAAUUAGCAGGCGUCGGUGAAGUAUUGGGUAAAAGAUUGGAAGUUGCUGGAUUUGAUAAGGCUUACACGGUUUUGGGACAGUUUCUGGUGUUGAAGAAAGACAAGGAAUUAUUCCAAGAGUGGCUAAAAGAUACAUGUAAUGCCAAUUCUAAACAAUCAGCAGACUGUUAUCAGUGUUUGAAAGAUUGGUGUGAUGAAUUUUUGUAAUAACAAAGAAACAAUAGUAACAAUCUCAGUAAUAAUUAAAAUAACAUUCUUACAUACAUAAGAUAAUAAUGUAAAUAAUAUAUCUAAUAAUUACACCUAAGUGAUAGGUAUUACCUAUAUUUUUUAUGUAAUUUUUCUUUUAUUAAAAUUUGUACUAAA